AGCGAGCAGCAAACACCGCACAUGUGCAGUAUGUGAGGAGCAGAGCGUGCACGUCGAUCGGGGAUACAGGAGAUACGCUCGCUCAGUCGUACAUCCAACACCGGCUGGAGAGGGAGCUGGAUAUCGCGGGGGGAGAAAGGAAGACGGUGCCUGGACACACCUGACUGCAGGUGGUGUGCCAGUGAUAUCAUCUAAUGGAGUCCAAGCAGUGGGUCCUACACGCUAUUUUGUGCCUGGCAUCAAUGGAGCUAACUUUUUCAGUCAACGUCAGAAAUGAAUGACCAGGAACCUGAGGGGCCCUAUGCCGUGUGACCCAGAAUACAUUCACAUUCUGCCAGAGACUGUGAAAUCAUGGGCAACGCAGAAAGCCAAAAUGUAGAGCAAGCGUUGUAUGGUAAAGACCAUCCCAGCCUUGGGCGAAAGCACACAUCCCGCUCACUUCGAAUUUCAAACAAAGCCUCUCGCCGCACUCGUCAUGCGUCAUCGGGAAAGCCGGUUCACCGAAAUUCUGAGGUCAGCAAUAGGUCAAGCAGCACUCCCAGCAUCCCACAGUCUCUAGCAGAAAAUGGCAUGGAGCCAUACACUCAGGAUGCCAACCUGGAUGACUACGAUAGCCGAGGUUGGGUGGAUAUGGGCAUGAGGCCGGUUUCCUAUCACACCGAUUCCUCUGUUACACCAAGUUUGAAUAGCAGCACCGUCCUUACAGCGGCCUCCAUGCAGAGCAUGCAGGACUCUGAAGAAAGUAGGCUAUACGGGGAGGAAUCUGCCUAUUUUACAGAUGGGAACAGUCGCUCUCAGCUGUACAUGACAAAUGGGCCAAAUCUCUUGGAUGCUGCCAGUUUUAAGAAGAAACGUUCUAAAUCUGCCGACAUAUGGCGAGAGGACAGCUUAGAAUUCUCCCUCUCGGACCUGAGCCAAGAACACUUAACCAGUACUGAGGAAAUUUUAUGUUCCACCGAAGAAAAGGAUUGUGAUGAAACCAUUCGAAAUGAUCCCGGAGACUCCUCUCAGCAACUGGAUGCUUCCCAACGUGCCAACUCCCUCAGCGACUUGUACCCACAGAAGAGCCCACACUCCAUCAAUGGAGUCCCCAGGAAUAAGUUCAUGAUUUACUGUAGAAAUUUGGUUUCUCAUUCUCCUGAGUCUUUAAAAUACAAACAGGCAACUGCUCCAGCUGAUGAGCCACCAUCAUACAGCAACUAUAACACCCUGCCUUGCCGGAAGUCCCAUUGUCUCUCUGAAGGAGCCACUAACUUGAAGCUCAGCCACAGUAAUAGCAUGCAUGGACGGAGAGCUAAAACAACUCAGGAUGUCAAUACAGGUGGAGAGGGCAGCGAGUUUACAGACAGUGGUAUUGAGGCCACAACCACUGACACCGACUUCAUGUCCAGACGCUCAAAUGCCACUACAUCCAGCUACUCCCCCACUACCAGCCGGGCCUUUAUUGGGAGCGACAGUGGUAGCAGCUCCGGAGAUGCUCUCCUCCAAGGAGUUUAUGAGAAUUUCCGUCGAGAACUGGAGAUGAGCAGUGCCAGUAGAGAAAACUUGGAGGAAGCCAAUUCAGCUCUAAGUGAUGAACAAAGCAGUGGCACUUUAAGCUCUCCUGGGCAGUCUGACAUCCUCCGUACUGCGGCACAAGGGACUGUGCGAAAAGCUGGGGCGCUGGCCGUCAAAAACUUCCUUGUGCACAAAAAGAACAAAAAGGUGGAACUUGCCACCCGCAGGAAAUGGAAACAUUACUGGGUCUCUUUAAAAGGGUGUACACUGUUUUUUUACGAGAGCGAUGGUCGAUCUGGGAUUGACAACAACAGUAUACCGAAACAUGCUGUGUGGGUGGAGAACAGCAUUGUACAAGCGGUCCCGGAGCACCCCAAGAAGGACUUUGUGUUCUGUCUCAGUAAUUCACUUGGGGAUGCUUUCCUCUUCCAGACCAACAGCCAGACAGAGCUGGAGAACUGGAUCACCGCCAUCCAUUCCGCUUGUGCCACCACCGUAGCCAGGCAGCACCAUAAGGAGGAUACGGUCAAACUGCUGAAGUCAGAAAUAAAAAAACUGGAGCAGAAGAUAGACAUGGACGAGAAGAUGAAGAAAAUGGGAGAGAUGCAGCUUUCUUCUGUGACUGACAACAAAAAGAAGAAAACAAUCCUCGAUCAGAUCUUCGUCUGGGAGCAGAACCUCGAGCAGUUCCAGAUGGAUUUGUUCCGCUAUCGCUGCUAUCUUGCCAGCCUGCAGGGGGGCGAACUGCCAAACCCAAAACGCUUACUUGCUUUUGCAAGCCGACCCACUAAAGUUGCCAUGGGCCGCUUGGGAAUUUUCUCUGUGUCCUCGUUUCAUGCCCUGGUGGCCGCUCGUUCAGGAGAGUCCGGUGUGAGAAGACGGACACAAGCCAUGUCACGAUCUGCCAGUAAGAGAAGGAGCCGGUUUUCUUCUAUCUGGGGUCUUGACACAACUUCUAAGAAAAAACAAGGGAGGCCAAGCCUUAAUCAGGUGUUUAAUGAUGGUUCCGACUCUGUCAAGAAAUCGUUAGAAGGCAUUUUUGAUGAUACUACAUCAGAAGACAAGAAGGAAAAAGAGGUGCCUUUGACCAUCGUCCACUCUCACAAUGCUGAUGCUGACAUAUGGGUGCACGAAUACCUGACACCUUCCUGGGUAUGCUUGCCAAAUGACCAACCAGUCCUAAUUGCCAUCCAUCCAGAAGAUACAGCAAAAGAUGCCUUAGAGUUCAUUUGCAAGACUCACCAGUUGGAUUACAAUGCCCAUUAUCUCUGCCUGAAAUUCCUCUGUAACAACCAACAGCAGCAGUAUAUACCAAGACCCGAGGAAGAGAUCUAUGAUCUGCUCUACAAGGAAAUCUCGAUCUGCCCCAAAGUAAUCCGAUAUAUUCAGCUGGAGAAGACUGACUCGUCACAAAACUAUGGGAUCUCUCUGUGCUCUUUGGAGGAGGAAGGCAGACCCCAUCUGUAUGUCCAAAAUGUGAAGCAGUCUGGCUUGGCAUUCAAAAGAGGUUUGAAAAUAGGAGAUGAGGUGAUGGAGAUUAAUUCAGCCGCAGCACGAGAUCUCAACUCUGGGAUGGUAAAAUAUGUCCUGGCCAAACCGUUACUGUGCCUUACUGUCCGUACCUAUCCUGAGUUGGAGGAGAACCGGGCUCUGAUAGGGGCACCGCCACGCCGAUCUGAGUCUGAUUGUAAUGAUUACAAUCUGUUUGCCAGCAGUCGAGGUUGCAGUGAGGAUGAGACGGUAAUUGAGGCAACUCCAGAGGAGAUCGAAGUGCAGCUGGAGGUGACAGACGAGGCUGAUGCUACGGACAGUAGCUCCGAGCACGUUAAUGCAUUUUGUCGCAGCCUCAAUGAGAUGAACUCGCCAGACUCCUGCCUGAGCCCCUCCGAAUUCACAGGAACCCCGCUGGGCACCAUGAGGCAAUUAACGGACGCCGACAAACUGCGCAAGGUGAUAUGCGAGCUGCUGGAGACGGAGCGCACCUAUGUCAAGGAUCUAAAUUGCCUAAUGGAGAGGUACCUUAAACCACUGCAGAAAGAGACGUUUCUCACACAAGACGAGCUGGACGUGCUAUUUGGCAAUCUGGUGGAGAUGGUGGAGUUUCAGGUUGAAUUUCUGAAAACUUUAGAGGAUGGGGUCAGGCUGGUACCAGACCUGGAAAAGCUGGAGAAAGUCGAUCAGUUUAAGAAAGUCCUGUUUUCUCUGGGUGGAUCUUUCCUAUAUUACGCCGAUCGGUUCAAGUUGUACAGUGCCUUCUGCGCCAGUCACACCAAGGUCCCGAAAGUUUUAGUGAAAGCUAAAACAGACCAGCAUUUCAAAGCGUUUCUAGAUGCCCAGAACCCGAAGCAGCAGCACUCCUCAACCCUGGAGUCUUACCUGAUCAAACCCAUCCAGCGCAUUCUCAAGUACCCACUGCUUCUGAAAGAGCUCUACUCGUUAACGGACGCGGAGAGUGAAGAGCAUUACCACUUGGAUGUGGCAAUCAAAACCAUGAACAAAGUGGCCAGCCACAUAAACGAGAUGCAGAAGAUCCAUGAAGAGUAUGGUGCCGUGUUUGACCAGCUCAUAGCCGAACAGACCGGGGAAAUCAAAGAGGUUGCAGAUUUAUCAAUGGGAGAUCUAUUACUACACAGUACCGUUGUGUGGCUGAACCCUCCGACAUCACUUGGCAAGUGGAAAAAGGAUCCUGAACUGGCAACCUUUGUAUUUAAGACUGCAGUCGUAUUGGUGUACAAGGACAGCUCCAAGCAAAAGAAGAAGCUUGGUGGAUCACACAGAGCCUCCAUGUUUGAAGACCGCGAUCCAUUCCGCUUCAGACAUAUGGUUCCUACAGAAGCUCUGCAGCUGCGAGCGCUCACUACAUCAGAUGCUGAAACAAACUCAGUCUGUGAAAUUGUUCAUGUAAAGUCGGAAUCCGAGGGGAGACCAGAAAGGGCUUUUCAUUUAUGCAGCAGUUCUCCAGCGGAAAAAAAGGAGUUCCUGAGGGCAGUGCAUUCUAUCCUACGGGACAAGCACAGGAGGCAACUGCUGAAAACUGAAAGCUUACCAAACUCCCAACAGUAUGUCCCAUUUGGGGGGAAGAGGCUGUGUGCACUGAAGGGUGCUCGCCCUGCCAUGAACAGAGCAGUUUCUGCUCCCAGUAGAUCCCUUGCCCGGAGAAGACGUCUCGUUAGGAACCGCUUCACCAUCGACUCAGACACGGUUUACUCAACAAGCCCUGGCAAAGAGCCUGACCCUGAACCUGAACCCGAACCCAAACCACCUCAGCAGACGAACAACAGCGGUGACACUGACCGCUGGGUGGAGGAGCAAUUCGAUCUGGCCCAAUACGAGGAGCAGGACGACCUGAAGGAAACGGACAUUCUCAGCAGCGAUGAUGAGUACUGCGAGUCCAUCAAAGGCGGCUCUAUGGAGAAGGAUCUAAGCGACCAGCUCGAAGCCACUUCCCUCUCCAAUGAUUCAUUGGAUAACAUAGUCCAAAACACUAUGAGCACUCACGCUUCCCGAAUGACCAAGCUCAAGAAACAGACUGCCUUUUCUGGAAUGAACGGUAGCAUAGAGAGCACCACCGAAGAAGUUAUAUGGGUGAAACGGGAAGACUUUGUACCAGCCAGGAAACUAAACACAGAAAUAUGAUAGUCACUUUUAUCGCUCUGUACAGGUCAGAAUAGGUGACGGCGUUCCAUGCACUGUGGAGAUGUAAUCCUCUAGACUGCACACUUGCACACAAAACGUUGGCAGCUACAUUGGCCGCAGAGCGGUACUGGGUUACAAUAACGCAAAUGCAGAAUCCUGUUACAUAAGCCCAGCAUCCUUCAGUCACUAGCAGGUCGGGGCUGCUAUCAUUAUUAUUAUUAAUUUUUUAUUUAUUAAACAAUCAGGGUUGGACAGAAAAAGGGUAAUAUACAAAAGCGGCAACGAAGACACAAGGCAGCGCCAAGUCUUGUAAAGAGAGCACAAAAGAGGGACUUGUGUUGUGAUCGCUCUGUACUUUGCUCCCUGCACUUUUCCCUCGUUUUAUGAAAUUUGUUGUGUUGAUAUUCCUUUUUGCCCCAUCACUGUAAAAACAUGUUCCGCUACUAUAGCUUUGUAUUUAAAAAAAAAAAAAGUGUUUUAAGGGGUCGUUUGGAAUAUGUGCAGCAAAAACCGUUUUUGUUCUAGUUUUACCUUUUUUACUUUAUUUUUGGCCUAUUCGAUGGUUAUUUAAGUCCUGUUACAAAAUACUUUUAAUUACAUGUCAAGCUAAAAAAAAAAAAGUGUAAUGAUGCCAAACUCUUUAGAGGUGGAAAACUUGAAAAAAGAAAAGCCUAUAGGUCUUUAUUUUUUUCCUUUUUGUAUUUAUAGCUUUUAAAUCCAGGGACACCAGGGGAUAAGGGGCAUUUUAUGUUUUAAGCCUUCAGAGAAGCAGAUAAUCUAGUCUUUCUUAGGAUAUAGGACACACUAGUUUUAUACACAUAUAAAUAUAUAUAUAUUUAAUACAGAGAGCGUGGGGAAAAUAAAGCUAUCCAUAGUUUUACAAGAAGCAUAUCCUAAUUUUUCUAAGUCAUUCUUCCAUUCUGGUGGCAGUGGCACCAGCUUAGACCCAGCCAAUUCAUUAACCAUUCCAAUAGGGCAUCUUAUUACCUGUAUGCUUCAUCCUUACUUUCUAAAUGAGAGGUCCAGUUUGUAUAAUAAAAAACUGCUGGAUCCUUUCCUUCUGUAGCACCUUCGGGACCCUCGUCCUGAUGAUGUUUGCACUGCUUGAGGGACGUAAGUCCAACCAUUCCAAAUAGUGGUAACUUCAGAAAACCAUAAUAACGUGGUAUGUCAAGCCAAAACUUUUUCAAAGAAUGGGAAAUUAUUAGAAUCCCUGUCAGUUUUUUACUGCUAGUCUGGGCUCCGUCUAAGAGAUAUGUUCUCACUUCCCAUCCUGCUGACAAUGUUUCACCAGACAGGAAGUGAGGAGAUCUCUCCGGUAGCAACAAAGACAAAAAAUGCUUUUCUUUAGUAGGAAGACUAAAGUCCCUGGCAGAUUUUAAAUUUCUGUCCAUUUCUCUCACAGCUUUUCCUUCACUUCCUGUCUGGUGGAGCUGUUAUCCGCAGGACAGGAGGUGAACAAAGCCCCCAGAUAGCAAAAAAAAAAAAAAACAACCAGAGGUUCAGAUGCUUGGCCACCAAUUCCAACACGAGAAUAAAACUUUUAAAACUUAAGGUAUAUUUGUAUUGCAGUAUUUUAAUUGAAUAAUAAGUGGCACUUGUGUUGAACUGUGGCUCAAUACCAGUAAACAACAGGUGAUGUGGUAGGCGAUGACUUUGUUUUCACACAAUACUUCUAAAAAAUGUUUUCCUGCAAAAAUGAAGUAAACAUUUCUCCUGCCACCUGCUUCACCGUUUUUUUCCCCCCCAAGAAACGGUCUUUGAAGUGUUUGCUGGUCUCCUGCGAUGCUCAGUAGUGUCACUAAAUACCACAUUGGGGUAGGGGUUGGUGAAAUUAACCACUGAGCAUAGUGUGUGGGGGAGGAACCAAGAAUCCAGCAUUCCCUGAAGAAUUGGUUUCUGAAGAGUCUGGUCGGCAGGAUGGUGGCAGGAGGGGUAGAUGUAUACAGUCUUCUUUCCAUGGAAACCGUUUUUGGAACUUUUAGCAGACAAAUUAGAACUACUAUUUAAAGACCAUCCCAAGCUAAUAUCAGUUUUUUGGUUGUCGUCUCUAGGUCAAUUCUUCCUCCUAUUUUUUUUCUUUUAGUUUAUUUUCACUCAGGGACUCGGCAAGGUCCUCACUAGACAUUCCCAAUCAUGGCUAUUACAAUGCCAAAAUAGGGUGUAAUGCUCUAUUCUCCAUCAAAUAUAUUCAGUUGUUAAAUUCCACAACAAGAGUGUGACACCUGCUAAUCGGCCUGGUAAUGGUAGGUCAGGCCCCAAGAAGUUGGCUAGUUAUAUAAAUAUAACCCACUGGCUUCCAUCCAAAAGCAAUAUAACCAUUUUGGAUGAACGUGCUCUUAAUUUUAGAUUGACCUCCCCCACCCACCAGCCCAUUCACCAAACUACAUGACCGCCACUAUAUUUUUAAUAAAGUUUUAACUCCGUUACGUUGAACGUUCGAGGGUUCAUGUUGUGAAAAGAGUUUGACAUCUUCAUGUUGUGAUAACGUGGUGGAAACAGCUACUUAAGAUUUUCUGUGCCGGGGGCCUCACGGAAAGUGAAAAACCUUUUUGUUGCUUUUUUUUCCUGGUCUUUCCUGGAAUGGUAAGAUGUUAAAGUCAAUAUUCACAAUGCUAGCUAUGGUUCCAUUGUGACGUGUAAAAGUGAGGAUGUAAUCUUGCUACGCUUUGCAGUCCUAGUACAACUUAUUUUUUGGUUGGUGUGACCGUGAAUCUUGCAAUCCAUGAGCAAAAGCUUCUGACCAGAUUUUUUUUUUCUUCUUUUCGUAAUUCUAUUGUCAUACUAUACCAUGCGCGGUUCACUAGUGUAUGCCCCCAACAUGAUAUUCAGACACAGUGACCAGUCCUGUGGUGUACUGUUCCAAGCUGAGAUAUGGUCCAUUGUGAACAACUGGAAUUUCUGGUGCUUUUCUAGGUACCGUUAUAUGUACAUAUUGUCAUGACAUGUCGAUGUCAAAUGUUCUUAUAUAUUUCUUUUAUAAGCUGAAAGAAGGUCUAUUUUUAUGUUUUUAGGUCUAUGAAUGAAAAGUUGUAAAUGCCUGUCAAAAACAAUAAAAUAUGGAAUUAAA